UGUUCUUAUCUGCUUUCGUUAAUUUAACCCAUUAAUUUUAAAGAUUACAUACUGAUUUACUUAUUAUGAUUAUCUUAUAGUUAAUUAUAGAAUAUAAAGAAUUAAUUAAAAAGCACUUCUUUGGGGAGUAUCAAAAUGGCGAAGCUAGGGCGAUUAUGGAAAAUCUUGACACGACAAAAGAGCAACGAUAGCGUUGAAGAAGACUCGAAGCUGGCCCGUGUUUUGAAUAUAUUCGAUUUAACAGCAUUGGGUGUAGGCAGUACGUUGGGUUUGGCUAUUUACGUUCUAGCUGGUUCAGUGGCGUACAAUGUAGCCGGGCCGGCUGUAACGCUAUCAUUCUUAAUAGCGGGUAUAGCUUCGGCAUUUGCAGGUAUUUGCUUUGCUGAAUUUGCUGCUCGCGUACCCAAGGCGGGCAGUGCGUACACCUACAGUUACAUAACUGUUGGAGAAUUUGUAGCUUUCACGAUCGGCUGGAACUUGAUUUUAGAAUAUGUCAUCGGCACUGCUUCGGUGGCCAGUGGUCUUAGCCGUUAUAUUGAUUCUUUGAUGGAUAAUAAAAUGUCUCAUUUUUUUCAAAAUUUUCUAUCAAUAGAGGUCGACUUCCUAGGACGAUAUCCGGACUUUCUGGCUUUCGCCAUGGUUUUGUUAUUAACUGUUUUAUUAUCGUUUGGUGUUAAGGAAUCGACCUUCCUCAAUAAUAUCUUUACAAGCUUGAAUUUAUUGACAAUUUCUAUUGUCAUUAUAGCUGGUAGCAUAUACGCGGAUUCGAAUAAUUGGUCUUUGGCAACUGAAAAUGUGCCGGGAGGUUUCGGUAAAGGUGGGUUUAUGCCUUUCGGUUUUGCCGGAGUUAUGGCGGGUGCGGCUAAAUGUUUCUACGGUUUUGUGGGCUUCGAUUGUAUCGUAACCACCGGCGAAGAAGCUAUCAAUCCGAGACGUAACAUUCCUUUAGCUAUAGUCAUAUCUUUGAUUAUUAUCUUUUUAUCUUAUUUCGGUGUUUCAACUGUACUAACCAUGAUGUUGCCGUAUUAUAAGCAGAAUCCACAUGCACCUUUUCCUACGGCUUUUGAAAGUGUAAACGCAACUGCGAUUAAAUGGAUCGUGACCGUUGGCGCUGUAUUUGCCUUAUGUGCUAGCCUUUUGGGCGCAAUGUUCCCAAUGCCGCGUAUACUUUAUGCCAUGGCGAAUGAUGGUGUUUUAUUUAACAAACUAUCUGCGGUAAAUAACCGAACACAGACACCUUUGCUAGCUACCAUAGUAUGCGGCAUUUUUGCAUCUAUCAUGGCCCUACUGUUUGAUGUAAAUCAAUUGAUCGACAUGAUGUCGAUUGGAACACUUAUGGCCUAUACUAUUGUGGCUAUUUGCGUUGUGGUAUUGCGUUAUGAAGAUGAAUUCAAAAGUGGACGGAACGAUAACGGAGAACUUUUACAUGUCUGUGCGUCGGCUCUACUCAGACAAUCGUUGAAUUUGGGUUUAUACGAAUAUCCGAAUGUUUUAAGUUCUGCGGUAACAAAAAUUGCUAUGGUACUAUUUGCUAUUAUUUGCGCUAUUUGGUGUAGUUUGCAUAAAAUCUUCGAAAUCGAUAGUACGCCAGGUCUUGUACUAUCAAGUGCUACUGCUACCGCAUUAGUCUUGAUUAUGAUAUCAAUAGCAAUACAACCGGUUGCAAAAGUCGAAUUGAGUUUCAAAGUGCCAUUGGUGCCGCUAGUACCGUGCUUAAGUGUAUUUACAAAUUUAUAUUUAAUGUCCCUAUUAGAUGCUUACACCUGGAUACGUUUCGUUAUAUGGAUUGCUUUGGGUUAUGCAAUAUAUUUCUUAUACGGCGUAAGGAAUUCAAAACAAAAAGAUAAUGAUCUUCCUGUGACUAUUGUGAGAGAACGGCGUCAUCAUCUCGGCCUUGAACCAGAUUUAAAAACUUAUAUAUCUAAUGAUCGUAACGUAAUGUAAGGCAGGUAAAGAGACUGAGAAAAGUUGAUAAGUUUUUUUUUUUUUUAUAUAUGAGAAAAAAAUUGAUAAAAAUAAGAACAAAGUAAAAUGAGUUCGCUUCCAGUGUUAACAAAGCCUCUUAUCUGGCUACGAGCUCUCAGAUAUAGUUAAUAUGUUAAAAGCCUUUAAAAUGAUCAAAAAUUAUUUUUUUCCUUUUAAAGCGUCUUUUGAAGGUUUCUAUAGGUUUAGUAUUAACUUUCAAGCCAAGUUUUAGAAUAUUUUUAUUUUUUUAAAUUAAUUUACACUUCAAAUCAUUUUAGAGGUUAAAUUUGAUUGUUACAAUGUUAUGGUAUUUUUAACAUUUAUUCUUAUUACAAAUAUAUAUAAAAGAUUGUCUUUUUAUUC